AUGGCCUGGCCCUGGGUCCUCUCGGCCGCCCUGGCCGCCCUCGCCGCCCUCCUGCCCCUGUUCUACAUGUACGCCGCGACGACCCUGCAGGCCGGCCUGCCGCGCCUCACGAACAAGCGCAUCUGCCUGCUCAUCGCCCACCCCGACGACGAGGCCAUGUUCUUCGCGCCCACCGUCCUGGCCCUGACGCGCCCCGAGACGGGCAACCACGUCAAGAUUCUGUGCCUGAGCUCGGGCGACGCCGACGGCCUCGGCGAGACGCGCAAGAAGGAGCUCGUCAAGAGCGGCAUGGCCCUCGGCCUGCGCCAGGAGGACGACGUCUUUGUCGUCGAGAGCCCUGACUUCCAGGACUCCAUGACCCUGACCUGGGACGCCCACAAGAUCGCCUCCCUCCUCUGCAGCGCUUUCGCCCCGCAGCUGGCCCAUGCCCCCGCGAGCAGCGCCAGCCCGACCUCCGCCUCGGCUUCCGCGGCCGCCACCGCCAGCAUCGACGUCCUCGUCACCUUUGACGCCGCCGGCGUCUCGUCCCACCCGAACCACAUUUCCCUGCACGCCGGCGCCCGCGCCUUCCUCGCCCAGCUGCUGCGCGCCCGCCCCGGCCGCCCCGCCCCCGUCGCCCUCUACACCCUGACCUCCGUCCCGCUGCUGCGCAAGUACGCCGCCGUGGCCGACGCCCUGCCGACCCUGCUGGGCUGGUACCUCGCCGGCGGGCGCUCCGAGGGCGAGCAACAGAAAGAGGACCAGAACCAAGACCUGCCGCACCCCAAGACCCUGCUCUUCUUCAACCAGCUCACCGGCGACGGCGGCCUGCCGACGGCCUGGAAGGCCAUGACCACGGCCCACCGGAGCCAGAUGGUCUGGUUCCGCUACGCCUGGAUCGUGCUGAGUCGGUACAUGGUCAUCAACGACCUCCAGCUGGCCGAGGUCGACGAGGCGCCGAUAUCGCUGGGGGCCGCGGUCGGGGCGGGCCAUGGCGACGUUGCGGGUGCGGGAGGAUGA